AAUGUGAUUUAGCACAGGAAAAAGGGGAGAAGAAAAUAUAUCAGAAGAACAGGAAGGUGAAGGCUGCUAACAGAUUCACUGUCAAUCAUUGCCCUAAGGGUUGGAAUUAAUUAUCACACCUACUCCAAGUUCAUUAUCGCGAAAAUCAAUGGUUGCGAGCUUAUCCUAGUUCGGAUUUAAGAACCCUCUCUCUCUCUCUCUCUCGCUCAUUUUCUCAUCCCUUCUCUGGAGCAUUCACAACCACAUCCCCUAAAUUGCGUUGCUCUGUUUGUAUAUCUCUUGCACAAUUUUGUCAAGGUUUUUGAAAAAAUGGAGGGGGUAGAUUACUUGGCUGAUGAGAGGAACAAAGCGGAGUUCUCGGUGGACGACAUGAAGAUCGUCUGGGCCGGUUCGCGCCAUGCCUUAGAAAUUUCCGACCGAAUUUCUCGUCUUGUAGCUAGCGAUCCGGCAUUCCGAAAGGAUGAUAGAACUAGGCUACCUAGGAAGGAGUUAUUUAAGAACACUCUGAGAAAAGCUGCUCAUGCAUGGAAGCGGAUAAUUGAGCUGCGUCUUACUGAGGAAGAGGCAUCUCGAUUAAGGUUUUAUGUGGAUGAACCUGCUUAUACGGAUCUUCACUGGGGAAUGUUUAUACCAGCUAUCAAGGGACAAGGCACAGACGAGCAGCAACAGAAGUGGUUGCCAUUGGCACAAAAGAUGCAAAUAAUUGGUUGCUAUGCACAGACUGAACUAGGUCAUGGUUCCAAUGUUCAAGGCCUUGAAACAACUGCAACUUUUGAUCCUGAGACAGAUGAAUUUGUUAUUAACAGUCCUACUCUAACUUCUAGCAAAUGGUGGCCUGGGGGACUGGGAAAAGUGUCUACACAUGCUGUUGUUUAUGGGCGCCUCAUAACUGAGGGCAAGGACCAUGGGGUGCAUGGCUUCAUUGUGCAGCUGAGGAGCUUGGAUGAUCACUCGCCUCUUCCGGGCAUUACUGUUGGUGAUAUAGGAAUGAAAUUUGGAAAUGGCGCAUAUAAUACCAUGGACAAUGGGUUUCUAAGAUUUGAUCAUGUACGCAUACCGAGGAAUCAUAUGUUGAUGAGGGUUUCACAGGUCACGAGGGAAGGAAAAUAUGUAAAAUCUGAUGUGCCACGGCAGCUGGUUUAUGGUACUAUGGUUUAUGUUCGACAACAAAUUGUCGCUGAUGCUUCUUGUGCUCUAUCACGGGCUGUUUGUAUCGCAACGAGGUACAGUGCUGUUCGUAGACAAUUUGGUUCACAGAAUGGUGGAGCUGAGACUCAGGUGAUUGAUUACAAAACUCAGCAAAGUAGACUUUUUCCUUUGCUAGCUUCUGCAUAUGCUUUCAGAUUUGUUGGUGAGUGGCUGAAAUGGCUAUAUACGGAUGUGAUGGAAAGAUUGCAAGCCAGUGAUUUCACAACAUUGCCUGAGGCUCAUGCAUGCACUGCAGGAUUGAAGUCUCUCACUACUACCGUAACAGCUGAUGCCAUUGAAGAAUGCCGGAAAUUAUGUGGUGGACAUGGUUACUUGUGCAGCAGCGGGCUUCCUGAAUUAUUUGCUGUUUAUGUCCCUUCUUGUACAUAUGAAGGAGACAACAUUGUUCUGCUUUUACAGGUUGCAAGGUUUCUUGUGAAGACUGUUUCUCAACUGGCAUCUGGAAAGAAGCCUGUUGGAACGACAGCUUAUAUGGGACGUGCAGAACAUCUUCUGCAGUGUCGUUGUAAUGUUCAAAGUGCUGGAGAUUGGUUGAAGCCAAAUGUAGUACUGGAGGCAUUCGAAGCAAGGGCCACUAGGAUGUCUGUUACAUGUGCGAAAAAUCUUAGCAAAUUUGAAAAUCCAGAAGAGGGUUUCUCAGAACUCUUAGCUGACUUGGUUGAGGCAGCAGUUGCUCAUUGCCAAUUAAUUGUUGUUUCCAAGUUUAUUGAGAAGGUGCAGCAAGACAUUCCAGGGAAGGGGGUUAAACGACAGCUAGAGAACCUUUGCUACAUAUAUGCACUAAAUCUACUUCAUAAACAUCUUGGCGAUUUUCUCUCGACUAGCUCCAUUACUCCGAAGCAAGGUGCACUAGCAAAUGAGCAGCUUAGAUCCUUGUAUUCCCAGGUUCGGCCAAAUGCAAUUGCACUUGUUGAUGCAUUUAAUUAUACUGAUCACUUCCUUUCUUCAACUCUUGGCCGCUAUGAUGGAAAUGUAUAUCCAAAUCUCUUUGAGGAAGCUUGGAAGGAUCCUCUAAAUGAUUCGGUUGUCCCUGAAGGCUAUCACGAAUAUAUUCGGCCUGUAUUGAAGCAGCAACUCCGCACUGCGAGGCUCUGAAAAUUGAAUGGAGAUUUGGUGUUAGAACCCAGAAAAUGGAAGACGGUCUACAUGGUUGUGGAGAAUGAAUAAUGUUAUAAUAAAUCAUCUUAGAUGCUUUAGUAAUGUUAAGAGAAAAGCUGGGUACAGUGAUUCUUGUUAGCUAGUGAUCGCAGAAGUGAUUUGCUGGAAAACGUUUCACUGGUACAACUCAACUUUCCAAGAAGAAUUUUGGCCGUGACCGGGAUAAAACAGUUGACGGUGAGGUCAGCUGUCUCUGUCCUCAUAUUCUUGGUGAAGUAUGUGAGUAGCAAAAUUGGUUAUUAAUACUAAAUUUUCUGAUAUGGUUUUUUUA